UCUGUAAAAAUAUUUUCAACAACCGAAUCGAGCUAUUCGAGUUCUUACGAUUACUUCGACGUUUAUAUCCAUUUCACAACCUAUUUCUGUCCAUAUAGGUCUUCAAUGUGGACAGUCAUUCCUUGGGUCAUUCAUUUCAGAAGGAAAUUAUGACUUCAGAAAACUUAAGAAACCUGGCUGUCCUUCGAUCUGCAACCAGCAUCGCUGAUGAAAUCAGAGCCUUGGAAGCCAUUAAAUCCACCCUUACCCAGGGCCAGACAGAUCUCAGAUCCUCCUUUGAUCUCGAAGAAGAGUUUCUCAGCUUUGCAUCAAAAAAUCUUGGGGAUGAGGAGGUGUUUGAUGACCCUUUCCCAAGAACACCCCCAGAGAGCAUCUUUCCUGGACAGGAUGAUCUGGACCAGCUGACAUGCUAUGUGUUUAGACGUCGGUAUGGUUGGUCCGAGGCUGCCACAAGCAUCGGCAAGGAUGACAGGGUCGGUGUCCCUGCAGGGGUUCUCGAAGGCAGUGGUGUCAUGACUGCUCCUCAGCAGAAAAACCAGGUUAUACUCAAGAACAGACUGAAUGAGUUGCUGGAUGAAUUUGUGAGAUGGUAUAUGGCACAACCGAUAGGCAAACCGCUAUUGCACAGUUUUCGAUAUACUCUUGCUCAAGCUGGUGACAAGCCGGUGGUCAGAAACCAAACGGUCAUCCACACCAUGGACUGGUUGAAACUCCACAAAUCCCAUGAUGGCAUCCAUGACAAUUACUCCGAUAUAGCCACGCUGGUCAUGGUUGGUCUGACGGACAUAUGGUCGGCUAUCAGGAAGGCCUCUGUCUCGAGACUUCCUAUCAUUCUGGCCAGCUUGACUGUUGAAGAAGCUGAGAACUUCUUUGAAACGUUGGCCAAGAUAUGUCAGAGUAAAGAGAGCAGCUGGCAGUCUAUAGAGGGAGCCCUCAUGGCGAUCAACUCACUGCUUCGGAGAUUCCAGUGGAUCAGCCGUGAACCUGUUGAACCUUUCUUUCGGGGUCCUGUUGAUAAGAAUAAAUACUUUGUGAAGUAUGGAAGCGAAGAACUGACUAAUAUCCCAGCAUUCAUCACCAGCCGGAUGCAUUCCAUUGUGUACCCUCUUCUAGCUCAUCAGCAGCUUAGCGUCAGAGAGUGCGCCAUCAAGGCUUUCACCACAUUCCUGUCAAAAUGUGAAUUUCAGGAAGCCCUUUCGUCUUUCUCAGAGGCCAUAUCUAGAUUGGACCAAGGAUCUCACCUUCUUUCAUCGCAAUCAAAGACCGAAGAUCGGCCACACCAUCAGGUACCUCACCAGGCUGUACUGAAGAAAGAUUUCAAGUUUCUCAAUGCCUAUGAGGCCGAAGGCUUGCUUGGGGUAUGCCUGUAUCUUGUCAAACACAUUCCUCCUGGCUUUUUGCUACCAAAAUGGCCGUUCUACUUCUCAGUGUUCAGCUUAUAUCUCAUGCAUCCUGCAUCGACAGUCCGGCAAGCCACCAGUGAACUUUUCAGAUAUUUAGUUGUCAAGGAUUGCAACAACUCUGCCCUGCUGAAGCUUGUGCUACAGGGUCUGGGUGCCCACUGGGGUAUCAGUAUCAAGUACAUGAGCCAGCCAGCCCAUACCCUCUCCCAUUUCCACACUCUGUCACAUGACCACUCCAAUCCCACCGCUGCCACCAGUCACAACGCAACCUCAGCCGACAUGCGGCAGGAAGCGGCAAAAAGGUCACAGGUGGUCAACAGGAUCGAAGGUCACAUGGUCAACAUUAGCGUGACCCCAGAUGAUCAGCGGCCGGAGGAGACUCUAGAGGGGUCACGACCCCGAGUAGGAACAAUGGGAGAGGUCACAUCUCAGAGUCCAAGACAAAAUAGGCGUAGGCAGCAGCCAUUCUACGGGCAGGGCAAGGCCAUCAGUAUUGUCAAUGUCGGCCAACUUGAAGGAGAUUACUCAACAGUGCCCGUUGACAGUGUUCUGUGCAAAGCGUGGGAGUGGAGAGAAGGCAGACUCUUUGCUUACGAGCUCAUCAUGAAGUUCCUUAUUGUCAAUCACAUCCACUACCUGUUCCCUACCUUUGCCAUGCAACCGAUGAAGUUCAAUGGGGCCGCGUCUACGGAUGAGUCCAUCACCCCGAGCCAUAAAGCAAGCAGAGUACCCCAAGGCAAGCCCCCUAUUCAGAAGAGUUUAAGCCAUGGAGGCGUGUCACUCCGGCAAGCCUGGCUCAAAAGACCACCAAACGAUGCUUCAACGGAUGACUCCAGUGUUCAUUCUCCAGGUGCUGUGGUCUGCAAACCCCCAACCUCACCUGUAGCGGUAUCUCCACCCAUCUCACCACCGGUCCACAAGGGAUCGCCUGAUGAGAUUCUUUCAAGAGCCGGAAGUGAAAGAAGAAAAAAGAGUGUUGAGAACAAAAGGAAAUUGCUAAAGAGGGCUCAAACCUUGGCUGAAGGGUCGUUCUUCAACCAGCCAAUCAUGAAGCACUACUCAUUCCCAAGCACUCCGGAGGGCAAUCUACCCGGGGGCAGGAGAGCAAGCCAUGGUCUGAGUGGGACGCUCUCCCUCCUUGGACAAACACACGACACAGACAAGAAUCUGAAAAUUGAGACAAGGAACUUGCUAGAGGAAUCCAAGAGCACCUUGAAUGACCCCAUUCAACCAUCACCAUGUACCGAUGAUGAUGAUGACGAAGAUGUUUCCCUUUCAAGUGAAGCCAGAUAUCUCCUAAAAGCCUACAAAUCUCUCACUAGGAACGAUAGGGAUACCUCCAAGUCAAGCACGCCGUUGCCAUGGUUAAAGGACCUCCAUUUGGACUCUCUGACCAAUAUAUUACAUCAAAUAAUGCUCCAAACAGUCAACUCUCUGGCAAGCAGUAGAUGGGAACUCAGGAGAAUGAGCCAGCAGGCCUUGCCCCUAGUGGCGGAGUGUCUUCGUUGGUACCAUCCGGAGACCCUGGUGAACUUCUGGAAGCAAUGCUUGACCUCCGAGGCCAGCCUCCUCUGCUACGGUGCUGCAAUUACCUUGAAACACAGUAUCCAGCAUGCCAAUAGAAUGAUGCAGUAUCUACAGCAACCUGUCGCAGGCUGGAGGAGAGACUCAGAAACCUGUCGCCAGGUCUCGGCAACCAUAGUAGUCACCGUCACACAGGGUUUAUCUGACUAUGUCACCACUGCCAAACAGCUCAUGGAGAGAGAAGUCAUAGACAAGCUGUCUGUUGUUGCCAUGGAGGUCCUCCUUAUCUCGUUGGCCCACUUUGAAGAGGAACUAGAACAGGAGAAGGAUUCUCUUGAUGAGGCACUACACCAGUUCCAGACCCGUAUCUUCAGUCAUGCCCACCCUGAGAGCGAGGUCUGCACCCAGCAAGCCAGGUUCACCAAUGCUCAUGAUGUGCUUAUGCCAUUGGAUGGGUUCUUGUGUUGUUGCCUCCGUGAUGAGAACGCAGCCCCUCACAUCAGGCAGCUGGAGCGCUACGUCCUCCAGGAGACUCACUGUCUCAUCCUGGACUACUUGAGGCGAUGUAGUCCUGGAACAGCAAGCCAGACCUUACCUCUGUACCUGGCCCUUCUCCAGGACUAUCAGCAAGAUGAAAGCAUCUCAAAGACUCUACUGGAUGGAUGCUGCCUGUUAGUCACCAAGGUCAAAGGUCAUAUCACAGAGAAUGGCAAUUCAGAGAUUCCCAAGGAUUUUGAUAACAACCUUCAACUUUCCUUGGCUCUUAUCGCAUCACUGAUUAAGAUUAAGACCCUGGAUUUAUCCACCAUGCGACAGAUGCUAGAGAUGUACCAGGAUCUUAGUCUUUGCAUCCAGACCUCAACACAUCUGCAAAAGCUUUUCUCUGCAAUAGCCUCAAGAAUAGAUCUAAUACCUCUGACUAAAGUGUCCCUGAACCCAACCGAUGAUAACAUGGCUGGUAGACUAGCACUGUUUGCAUCCAAUGAUAUUCCGGCUAGUCCUGUUGAUACCAUGAGGAUAUCGGAUGAUGAGGACGAUGAUGAUGACAGAAAGGGUUCUAGUCAUCCCUUGUCCGAGUCUCUAGCCCUCAACGCCAGCAGUGGCAGCGGCCAGACACCACGCCUCUCCUCUGGGAGCGAUCAAGCCUCCAGAAUGGCAGGGGUUUCCCCAUCUCCAGGGACAGACUUUGAUGAUGAAGAUUCUGACUGGGAUAGCUGGGAUGAGGAUGAAGAGGACCAGUCUGUCUUUCAAGAGGCCAUGUCAGAUUUCCUUCGCCAACUUCAAGGAUAUCUUGGAGCUGAUACAUUCCAAGCAGAGCUGACCCAUUCAAGCAACAGUGAGAGACAGUUCAUCAAACACUUGCUUAGCAAUUGAGAAACCACUUCUUAGAAUUUUUUUUUUGAAG